UCAUUUACAUUACUAUGUGUUAUGGGCCUCUGAUUUUAAAAGGGCUUUCAUCAUUCAUGUACCUUAAAAUGAAGGGUGUGACACGGGUUUGUAAUUUACCACAAUGCCCUCAUAAAACCAAUUUAUGUCACACAACCGGUUCAACAAACAUAAACAUCUUAGGUUAAUUUUUGUUUCUUCCUACCAAUAACUAAUCCAAUAUCAAAAUUCGACUCCUCAAGGGUUGUUCAUUUUUCUUAACCUCUAAAACCUUUUUGUAUGUCACAACCAUAACAAAACCACAUUCAUUAUUUAUUUGUAAUCUACAUUCCCAUUUUUGUCUUUCACUUUCAUUAUCUCAUAAUCAUAUCAAGCUCUCAAAUGGGACAAGACUCAGAUUCCAAAGCCAAGUUGGUGUUAGAUAUUUGUUCCAUUUCCACACGUUCUGUAACAUGUGUUCAUACCAUUCUUUCAAACCCAACCAAAACAACUUUCAUUGACUGGUAUUGCAUUCUUGGAGUAGAAGAAAAUGCAGGGCUCGAUACGAUUCGCAAGAGAUACCAUAAACUUGCCUUGCAACUUCACCCAGAUAAGAAUAAACAUCCAAAGGCUGAAAUUGCCUUCAAGCUUGUUUCUGAGGCAAAUGCAUGUCUAACUAAUGAAGCUACACGCGAAGCUUUUGACUUCGAGAGGUACAAACAUUUCUGCAUCCAGUGCAAAAGAAUUCCAUAUACAUCAGCCAAUGUUUCUGUCAAUUCAAGUAGUUCGGGUUUCAAGGUGUGGAGUAUUAUCGCGAGGUCAAGAUCUUUAAAGUUUUGGAGAAAUAUUAAGGAUAUUAGAGAGAGAUUUAAGGAAGAGGCUAAUGUGAUUGAUAAAUGUUUGAAAGUAAAUUCAAUUUCGAGGACAGAAUCUUCACUCUACAGUCGAGAUAGUUAUCUAGGUAGAAGCGAGUCAGUGCGUAGAUUUGAGAAAGAGACUCCUGUUUUCAAUCCAUCAGAUUACUUGUACCAAGAUUAUCCUCAUAUGAGAGGCCUUGUUAGCAAGAAUUCUUCGAUGUUUUGGUACUUGCGGACGAAUAGUACGCCCCAAAACGAAAAGAGAGGAGCGCGGACUAGUUCUCCGAUUUUUGAGGUCAAAAGAAGGAGCAUGUUUUCAAACCAAUUUGCUUUUGUACCAUCAAGAUAUUAAUUAGCUUUAGAACAUUUUUUACUUUCAAUGGAAGCAAUAUGAUUGUCCCAUUCUUGCUUUAAUCAUCUUUCAUUUUGAAUUUGUCAUGAUACAUGUGACUGAUGAGUUGUGACAGCAAAACUAAAUGAUUAAGAAGCAAUUUCCAUUCCUCUGAACAAGUUGUUACACUUUUCAGAGCAAUUGGUUAAUUGAUGAUUCAAGGUAAACUGCACUGUGAUAACAAGCAAAGAUAUUGAUGCGGGAUGAGAGAUGCAGGAGCAAAAAAUGUAACUAAUGCACAAGAGGUUUGUGAAGAAGAAUGUUUUUGUAAGAGUUCCACAUCGGAAACAUACAAAAUAAAAUGAGGGAAAUUGCGUUUCCUUUUGUUUUACAUGUCCCACAUCGAAAAUGUGAAAGCCUUUGGAACAUUAAUUUUACUCAUUCAAACACCGCUGGUGUGUUUGGCAUAGAACAGGGAGAUUAGUUGAAAAGAUUUACCCUUUUGUUUGGCUGUCAAAUGAAAUAAAGAAAGGAAAAUAUUUA